AUGACUCAGUGUGUUUGGGAAUUAUUAAGUAUAGAAAAAUCUUUCAUGAAUCUAUACGAUAAUUAUGGGAAGAAUUCUAUAAAUAACAUUUCUAAUAAUGAUGAAUUCGAUCAUUUUAAUGAUUCAAAAAUAAUCACUGAGAAAGUUGAUUAUGAUUACACAGAUGAAUUAUCAAAACAUUCUAAAAUAAUAAAUGAUAAAAAUAAAUUAAAGUUUAAAAAAAUUAUGAAUAAAUUUUUUAUUUCAGACAUUUCUAAAUACGUUAAAGCAUAUGUAAAAAAAAAUGAUAGCAAUGUUCGAAGCGAAAUAGGAAUUACAUCAAAAAAAAAUCCCAUGUCGGAGGAAGAAAGAUUUUGGAUAAAUAGUUACAUUUAUAAUUUUAUAAGUCAUUGUCUACUCACAUAUAAUGAUUGUAAGCAUUAUAUAGUUAUAACAAGCAGUAAAAAUUUAAUUCAAAAGUUAACAGGAACUGGAUAUGGAUACUAUGGUGUUUAUUUUACGAAUGGAAAAAAAAUAGAAGGGUUAGGAAACUUAUUUAUAAAUAUAAAACAAGUUAGACAUAUAAGUUUUAGUAUAAUGAGAACAUUGCAAACAAAAACAGCAUCAGAUAGAUCUGCAUCUAAUAAUGAUGAAGCAUGCAGCUUUAUUAUUAUGUUGUAA